AUGGACGCCGCGGGCUUGGCAUCCGGCUCGCAGCCACCGCCGCCUGCGCCGUGCGGAGGUGGUGGUCGGCAUAGGGGUGCACAGGCGUCCGCACCCGCGCCCACCGCCGCACAGGCCGAUGCCGGCGCCUCCUCGACAGUGGCGGGGGCGUCGCUCGUCCUACCCCUCCGCCCGUCGCGGACCGACAGCAUAUCGCCGGCCGCGACGAGUUUCACCGAUAGUCUCGUGUUUACCGCGGAACCGGAGCUGCAAACACCGUCGCCCGACCCUCUGGAGGGUAGAGACUGGGCCAAGGUGCAGCUCGUGCAAAUAUUUUUGGACCGGAUCGAUCCCGUUUUCAAGGUUCUUCACCGUCCGUCCGUCAGCCUCCAUCUUAUACAAGGUAAGUCGUACCUGGAUUACGAGCCUGGCCACCCGACCGUUGUCGCCCUCGACAGGGCCAUAUUUUAUGCUGCGGCGUGCGCCAUGGACGAGAGUGAGUGUGUGCCGGUGUUUGAUAUGGGGAAAAGGGCGGCCGUGGCUGGCCUUCGGGUAGCGAUAGAGGCGGCCUUGGCUCGGGCUGGGCUUUUGUCUACGGAAGAUAUCACCGUCUUGCAAGCCUUUGUCUUGUAUCUGGUGGCGACGCGGACCUACGACCGUACGAGACAGGUCUGGACACUGAUGAGUCUCGCCUAUCGAAUAGCCCAGGCGCUCGGCCUCCAGAUCGACCCGCCUCCGGGCCCCAUGAAGCCCUUCGAUAUCGAGAUGCGACGGCGCCUGCGCUACGCCAUUGGGCUGCUCGACAUGCAGACCUUUAAUCUUGACUCCCAAGGCAAACUACUGGACGAAACGGGGCGCAGCUUCACCGACAUGACCUUUGCCACCCUCGUGGCGAGGGCGCAGACCGUCGUGCGGCAGAUCAACAUGACCACGCAGGAUGGCGGCGCCUACGGGGGCCUCUUCCAGCUCCACAGGGGCUACGUGCGCGACUUCCGCGACGCCGCCAUCAUCCUCCUCCGGCACUGCCGCCCGGACGACGACCCGUUCCACUGGUACGUCGUACAAGUGACCGAGUGGAUCAUUGCCCAGUUCCACGUCGCCGUCGAGCGGCCCCUGCGCCGGCUCCCCAACUACGACCCGCCGCGGCCCGAUUUUAGCCUGCUGCAAGUCUGCGCCGAGAUACUGCAGCGGUCGCAGAACAUCAUUGGGGAUUCCAACGUCCGCUUCUGGAACUGGUCCGAAUCCGUCUUCAACCCUUGGCACGCGCUCGCCGUGGCGCUCGCGGAGCUCUGCACGUGCCCCGAUCCCGUCAUCGUGGAGAGCUACUGGGAUCUGGUGGAGAGAGCGUACGCGCACUCGGCGGACCUGAUGGAGAGGUCGCGCAGCGAGGUGUCCUGGGGCCCGAUGGAGAAGCUGAUGAAGAAAGCGCGGGCGCAUCGAAAUAGCCUCUUGCAAGCUCACGGGGUUUAG